GCCAGGACCCUGGCCAGACAGACGUGGGCCAGCCUCAGCGCCGACAGCAAACGCGCAGAUAGCAGAGCCAUCCACGGGGUCCAGGGCAUCUAGGGCAGAGGCGGCAGAAGACAGAAUUCUUCCUCCUCCCGUGCUGUGGCCAGCUGAGAAGUUUGUGGUUGCUGGGCUCUUCGAAGGCCAAUGUUAACUUUCAUUGGAAACCUCUGUUUUUCUCCCUCAGCCCGGAUAUUGUCAGCCUGGGUUGUUACUGCUGUCUCUGACCACAUUUCCCAAGGUUGAACCAUGAUUCCGGUGACAGAGCUCCGCUACUUUGCGGACACGCAGCCAGCGUACCGGAUCCUGAAGCCGUGGUGGGACGUGUUCACUGACUACAUCUCCAUCGUCAUGCUGAUGAUCGCGGUCUUCGGGGGCACGCUGCAGGUCACCCAGGACAAGAUGAUCUGCCUGCCUUGUAAGUGGGUCACCAAAGACUCCUGCAACGACUCGUUCCGGGGCUGGGCGGCCCCUGGCCCAGAGCCCACCUACCCCAACUCCACAGUCCUGCCGGCCCCGGACACAGGCCCCACGGGCAUCAAGUACGACCUGGACCGGCACCAGUACAACUAUGUGGACGCUGUGUGCUACGAGAACCGCCUGCACUGGUUCGCCAAGUACUUCCCCUACCUGGUGCUCCUGCACACGCUCAUCUUCCUGGCCUGCAGCAACUUCUGGUUCAAGUUCCCGCGCACCAGCUCGAAGCUGGAGCACUUCGUGUCUAUCCUGCUUAAGUGCUUCGACUCUCCCUGGACCACACGGGCCCUGUCGGAGACGGUGGUGGAGGAGAGUGACCCCAAGCCGGCCUUCAGCAAGAUGAACGGCUCCAUGGACAAGAAGUCAUCGACGGUCAGUGAGGACGUGGAGGCCACCGUGCCCAUGCUGCAGCGGACCAAGUCUCGGAUCGAGCAGGGCAUCGUGGACCGCUCGGAGACGGGCGUGCUGGACAAGAAGGAGGGAGAGCAGGCCAAGGCACUAUUUGAGAAGGUGAAGAAGUUUCGGACCCACGUGGAGGAGGGGGACAUCGUGUACCGCCUCUACAUGCGGCAGACCAUCAUCAAGGUGAUCAAGUUCAUCCUCAUCAUCUGCUACACCGUCUACUACGUGCACAACAUCAAGUUCGACGUGGACUGCACCGUGGACAUCGAGAGCCUGACGGGCUACCGCACCUACCGGUGUGCCCACCCCCUGGCCACGCUCUUCAAGAUCCUGGCCUCCUUCUACAUCAGCCUGGUCAUCUUCUACGGCCUCAUCUGCAUGUACACGCUGUGGUGGAUGCUGCGGCGCUCACUGAAGAAGUACUCGUUCGAGUCCAUCCGCGAGGAGAGCAGCUACAGCGACAUCCCCGACGUCAAGAAUGACUUUGCCUUCAUGCUCCACCUCAUCGACCAGUAUGACCCGCUCUACUCGAAGCGCUUCGCCGUCUUCCUGUCAGAGGUGAGCGAGAACAAGCUGCGGCAGCUGAACCUCAACAACGAGUGGACGCUGGACAAGCUGCGGCAGCGGCUCACCAAGAAUGCACAGGACAAGCUGGAGCUGCACCUGUUCAUGCUCAGUGGCAUCCCCGACACCGUGUUCGACCUGGUCGAGCUGGAGGUUCUGAAGCUGGAGCUGAUCCCGGACGUGACCAUCCCGCCCAGCAUCGCCCAGCUCACGGGCCUCAAGGAGCUGUGGCUGUACCACACAGCGGCCAAGAUCGAGGCGCCCGCGCUGGCCUUCCUGCGUGAGAACCUGCGGGCGCUGCACAUCAAGUUCACAGACAUCAAGGAGAUACCGCUGUGGAUCUACAGCCUGAAGACGCUGGAGGAGCUGCACCUGACGGGCAACCUGAGCGCGGAGAACAACCGCUACAUUGUCAUCGACGGGCUGCGAGAGCUCAAGCGCCUGAAGGUGCUCCGGCUCAAGAGCAACCUGAGCAAGCUGCCGCAGGUGGUCACGGACGUGGGCGUGCACCUGCAGAAGCUGUCCAUCAACAACGAGGGCACGAAGCUCAUCGUGCUCAACAGCCUCAAGAAGAUGGUGAACCUGACGGAGCUGGAGCUGAUCCGCUGCGACCUGGAGCGCAUCCCCCACUCCAUUUUCAGCCUCCACAACCUGCAGGAGAUCGACCUCAAGGACAAUAACCUCAAGACCAUCGAGGAGAUCAUCAGCUUCCAGCACCUGCACCGCCUCACCUGCCUUAAGCUGUGGUACAACCACAUCGCCUACAUCCCCAUCCAGAUCGGCAACCUCACCAACCUCGAGCGCCUCUACCUGAACCGCAACAAGAUCGAGAAGAUCCCCACCCAGCUCUUCUACUGCCGCAAGCUGCGCUACCUGGACCUCAGCCACAACAACCUGACCUUCCUCCCCGCCGACAUUGGCCUCCUGCAGAACCUCCAGAACCUGGCCAUCACGGCCAACCGGAUCGAGGCGCUGCCCCCGGAGCUCUUCCAGUGCCGCAAGCUGCGGGCCCUGCACCUGGGCAACAACGUGCUGCAGUCACUGCCCUCGCGGGUGGGCGAGCUGACCAACCUGACCCAGAUCGAGCUGCGGGGCAACCGGCUGGAGUGCCUGCCCGUGGAGCUGGGCGAGUGCCCGCUGCUCAGGCGCAGCGGCCUGGUGGUGGAGGAGGACCUGUUCAACACCCUGCCGCCCGAGGUCAAGGAACGGCUCUGGAGGGCCGACAAGGAGCAGGCCUGAGCGCGGGCGGGCGGCCGAGCACCGAGCCGGCCCCGAGCGGCCAGCAGCGGGACCCCGAGGAGCCCGCAGGCCCAGGAACCCAGAUUCCCCGGGACCACCAGCCCAGCCUCUCGGAGGGCAGGAGCCUGGGGCCAGAUGUGAGCUGGGCCCGUGGCAGGACAGUACCUGAGGGGCUGGCCCCUUUUCUCCCUCUGAGACACGUGCCCCCAGGACAGGCGCCUGUAGGGGAGAUCAGAGACCUGGAGUCUGUCUCAGCGCAGUAUCCGGACAAUCAGGGCCUCCUCCCCAGAGGCCACCUCUGCCCCAGAGGCUGAGCCCACGCCAGAGGUCCAGGGACGCCUCCUUAGCUCUUGGUAUUUAUUUUUCUCCACCUCCCGUCCCCUCCCUGCAGAUAACUUAUACAUUCCCCUGGAAGCUCAGCUCGGCUGGGGGUGUUUCAGGAAGGGUGGGCUGUGGUGCCGUCUCCUCUUAGGUGAUGCUGCUGCACGUAAUGCCCGCCCAGAGUGAGCAGAGUGGUCCAGUGGGAACCAGCCGCGGGGUGGUGGCCCCGGGGGUGCU